AUGCCCCUGGGGAGGAGAGGAAGGGAGGGAGGAGACAGAGAGAAGACGCUCUGGCCACUCAGCCAGCUAGCCUACAGAAUGCUUGGAAUUCAUGGCCUCCACCCUUGGGUUCCUGGUGCACAGGUGCCAUGCAGCCCCGAAUGCUCCUCAUCGUGGCCCUCGUGGCUCUCCUGGCCUCUGCCCGAGCUGAUGAGGGAGAGGGAUCCUUGCUGCUGGGCUCUAUGCAGGGCUACAUGGAACAAGCCUCCAAGACGGUCCAGGAUGCACUAAGCAGCAUGCAGGAGUCUGAUAUAGCUGUGGUGGCCAGGGGCUGGAUGGACAAUCGCUUCAAAUCCCUGAAAGGCUACUGGAGCAAGUUCACUGAUAAGUUCACUGGCCUCUGGGAGUCUGGCCCUGAGGACCAACUAACAACACCAACUCUUGAGCCGUGAGACCUCCAUGUUCCAGAUGUGUCUGGCCAUCUAUCCUGCUGCCUCCGAAGGUUGCUCUAAGGGGAAAGUAUAUUCUCAUGCCUUUAUCCCUCCCCAGACCUCACCUAAACAUGCUGUCCCUAAUAAAGCUGGACACGAAGCUGCCAUG